AUGAAAUACAUUAUUGCUCUUCUAUUGGUCAUUCAAUGCAUCGGUUUCGUUAGUACUUACCAAUGCUAUUCUUGCAAUAGUGUUUCGACACUCGCUUGUGGAGAUCCAUUCAAUGCAAAUAGUAUACCUUCUACUGAAAUAGUAGAAGUAGGCCCAAACGAAGUUUGUGAAAAAUCAAGCGUGGCCGGUCUUGUCACUCGCAACGUGGCAACGACUAUCACUUGUAUAGCGGGUGUGAACGGAUGUAAAAAGGCUAGUCCUCUCGGUAUUGACGUUGUUACGUGUUGCUGUAACUCUAAUCUUUGCAAUGGAGUACCAGCGACUCAACAAAAAACCCUUCUGUUCACAAUCCUGUGUGCAAUUACGAUGCUCGUGUACCACUGGUUUUAA